AUGCGUAAAAGACUGGAACAUGAGGCGGCCUGGUGCAGCAGAUUCAGUUGCCUGAAAACAUCACAAACGAGAGAUUCAGCUGGGUUCCAGUAUGAAAAAUUCAUCAACCCGGACCCGUACUUGAACACUAAGCAGGACGUAUUCAUAAAAAAAGUGUUCACCUGUACCACCCUUCCGGUGCCUAGCUGCCAUGCCACCCGAAAGAAGCACGAGGGCUGGGAUACUGCCAGGUUGCCCAAGCCUAGACAGGGGAAGUCGAGUGGCGGAGGUCGGAUUCGAACCACGGACCUUCUGAGGCCACUGCAUCGGAUUGGAGAUCGAAAGUACACUCAAACAAUGAGGAGUGACUCACGUCCACAUCAUUCUCGUUUGAGCAGUCGACCUCCUGUGCCGGCAAAAUCAUUCUGGUCAGUCCAUACCAGAGGUGGAACUGGAAUUGAAUUCCGAUCUUAUUGGAGUUCAUCAGCAGUGCAAUCCUUGGCUUUGCUGGGGUUUGAACUCCGGACAGCUGAGCGUGUUACGACUCCACCAGCACACGCCGGAUGCAUCUGA